CUGUUUAAACACAAGCCCAUUCAGUCCGGGAGAACUCAGAGAACAGAACCAGCUCAAAUACGGAUUAUCCCAGAGCCUGAGAACCAGGAGCCUGAGAAUGCUCUACCUCACUCCACCAGACUCAUAAUCUCCACUGACUGGGUCAGACUGAAAACAAUGGCUUCUCCCAGUAAAUCAUCAAUUGCCUCAAACCCUUCCUUCAAGCUUUCCAGAACCAAGAGCAAGAAGAAGAACUUCGUCCAGCAGAAGGUGGAGGUUCUGAGAGCCAGCAACCCGGUUCUGAAUGUCUUUAUGUGGGGGAUAAAUCACACGGUGAAUGACCUCUCUCAGGUGCAGGUUCCUGUUAUGCUGCUGCCAGAUGAUUUUAAAGCCAACUGCAAGAUCAAGGUCAACAAUCACCUGUUCAACAAGGAGAAUCUUCCGGGACACUUUAAGUUUAAGGAGUACUGCCCACAGGUGUUCCGCAAUCUCCGGGAACGCUUCGGAAUUGAGGACCACGACUACCAGGUCUCGUUAGCGCGUAGCCCCCCCAUCCGUGACGGCCGCGGUCAGGACGAGCGGGUGCUCACCUCGUAUGACCGAACGCUGAUCAUCAAACAGAUCUCCAGUGAGGAGGUGGAGGAUAUGCACCACAUCCUGUCCGAGUACCAUCAGCAUAUCGUGACAUGCCACGGCAUCACGCUGCUCCCUCAGUUUCUCGGUAUGUACCGCGUUACUGUGGAUAAUGAGGACACGUACCUCACCGUCACCAGGAGCAUGUUCAGCCACAGACUGACCAUCCACAGGAAGUACGACCUGAAGGGUUCUCUGGUGUCUCGUGAAGCGAGUGAUAAAGAGAAGGUGAAGGAACUGCCCACGUUUAAGGACAUGGACUUCAGGAACAACAUGCAGCAGAUUUAUUUAAGUGAUGAGGAGAAGGAGAAGCUGAUGGAGAAGCUAAACCGAGACGUAGAGUUCCUCGUACGUUCAAAGAUCAUGGACUACAGUCUGCUGUUGGGGAUCCAUGACCUGGAGAGGGCGGAGCGUGAGGAAGAGGAGGAGUUUGAAGAAUCGACGUGUGAAGAGGAGGAAGAGUCUGAGAACGGUGUUUCGGCAGGUUCACCAGCUGUGGUUUCUCCCAGCACCUCACCUGAAGCAACUGCAGGCUACUUGAGUACCCAUAAGCCCUUUGGACCAGGAGAAUAUGACCCGUAUGUGGACGUUUACGCCAUCCAGAGUGCAGCCGGCGCUCCACAGAGAGAGGUGUACUUUAUGGGUCUGAUAAACAUUCUGACACAUUACGACACCAGGAAGAAAGCAGCGCAUGCAGCAAAAACUGUGAAACAUGGGUCCAGUGCAGAGAUCUCGACAGUUCACCCCGAGCAGUAUGGCAAGAGGUUCCUGGAGUUCAUCUCAAACAUCAUUGCUUAUUGAACCAGUCAGUCUACAAGCAAAAAAUUAUAUUCAUUAGUAAAAAAAAAUCUGUAGCUUAAGAGUAAUGUAUCAAAUUGCACUGUUAAUGUAAAUGAUGUACACUGCUGGUAUAAAUAUUAUAAUUUUUAGUGUAAAGUUUUACCAUUCAGAGAUUUUUUGAGUAUCUUUGCUAAUCAUAAAUAACUAUUUUUUUUUUCUGAAUAAAAAUCUGUUACUGUAA